AUGACGGACCAAACCGAGGAACAAACGACAACAGUUGCCGCCGGAGAAGAUUCCGAUAUCACCGUCAAACAGGCGAAGCCGACAGUCGAUGAGACAGUGAAGAAGCUGGAAAAGAUGAGCUUCAGCAUUUGGCCGCCAACACAACGCACUCGUGACGCCGUCAUCAAGCGUCUCAUCGAGACACUUUCCGACAAAUCUGUCCUCUCCGAUCGUUAUGGAACAGUACCAGCUGAUGAGGCCGCCGAUGUCGCCAGUCGCAUCGAGGAGGACGCCUUUAAUGCUGCCUCUGCCUCACCUGUCGCUGCUAACGAUGACGGAAUCGAGAUCCUCCAAUGUUACUCUAAAGAGAUCAGACGGAGAAAGCUCGACCGUGGAAGCCUAAUCUUAGAGCUGUUGCAAACGAUCUAAAAUAUCGAUGCGUAUGUUCAUUUGACUUUUAUGGAUUUCUGUCUUAAUCGUACAUCUGUUCGAGGGUUCUGGGAUUUAAUAUGUUAUAUAUCACAUCUUCUUAAAUUUCUACUUUGAUUUCUAUGAAUUUCGCAGUGAAAGCAGUGUGUAUACUAUUCUUCGUAGACAACCUAAAUGAUUUUCCUAUUAAUAUUCGAAAUUUGAAUGUUCAUCUUCAUCCUCAAUUUACAUCAUCGAUAUGUAUCUAAUACAACUUCAUCGAAAGAAUUCAUAGAACUGUUGAACUUUAUUCACCAACUUCAGUAAAAAUUACUUAAUGGAUAAUGGAUUGAUUUCAAUAUGUCCACUUCCAUUGUUAGAUAAGGAGAUCAAAAGAAACCUUGUGAGUUGUGACCACUGAGAUGAAAAGUUGUGGUGUAUAGCAUAAAUGGUCCUAUACAAAGUUCUAGACUUCUAUAGGUCCAUCAUCUACAUCCAUAUAGCUUACAGAUCACACAUAGCUUAUAGAUCAAAUGCCAUAGAUUGAUAUUUAUGUCAUAAUACCAGUUUGCACAGAUUAGAAUUUGUUUAAAAAACUUGAAUGUGUUCUUCAUCAGUGUAAAGGCCUUGAAUAGCCUCACAAAAUAGUUCUACAUUCAGUUCAAUCUACUCCAGUUUUAAAAAUAAGUAAAUAAUCACUUAUGCC